CUGGAGCCGGAGCCGGAGCCCGAGCCCGAGAAGAUCGGAGCGAGCAAGCCGGAGUCACUGAGGCCGCCGCGGGUCCCCAGUGUCGCCGCCUGCGCCCCCGCCCUACUGCCUGCCUGUCGUGCGUGUUGUGGGCAGCAGCGGCCGGCCGGGGGGCAGCGGCGCCAUGGCCGCGCCGGAGCCACUGCGGCCGCGCCUGUGCUGCUUGGUGCGCGGCGAGCAAGGCUACGGCUUCCACCUGCACGGCGAGAAGGGCCGCCGAGGGCAGUUCAUCAGGCGCGUGGAGCCGGGAUCCCCCGCCGAGGCGGCCGCGUUGCGCGCUGGGGACCGCUUGGUCGAGGUUAACGGUGUCAACGUGGAGGGUGAAACACACCACCAGGUGGUACAGAGGAUCAAGGCUGUGGAAGGGCAGACACGGCUGCUGGUGGUAGACAAGGAGACGGAUGAGGAGCUUCGCCGGCGGCAGCUGACCUGCACCGAAGAGAUGGCCCAGCGAGGCCUUCCACCAGCCCAUGACCCCUGGGAACUGAAGGCCGACUGGGCACGUGGGGGCAGCCUCAGCUCUGAUGCUGGCCAGAAGGAUGUCACUGGGCCCUCGAGAGAGCUGCGCCCUCGGCUCUGUCACCUUCAAAAGGGACCUCAGGGCUACGGAUUUAAUCUGCACAGUGACAAGUCUCGGCCUGGCCAGUAUAUUCGCUCUGUGGAUCCAGGUUCACCUGCUGCCCAUUCUGGUCUCCGUGCCCAGGACCGGCUCAUCGAGGUGAAUGGGCAGAACGUGGAGGGGCUGCGCCAUGCUGAGGUUGUCACAAGCAUCAAGGCACGAGAGCAUGAGGCACGGCUGCUGGUGGUGGACCCUGAGACUGAUGAGUACUUCAAGCAGCUGCGGGUCACGCCCACUGAAGACCAUGUGGAAGGUCCACUGCCAUCACCAGUUACCAACGGGACCAGCCUUGCCCAGCUCAAUGGUGGCUCAGUGUGCUCAUCCCGAAGUGACCUACUGGGCUCAGACAAGGACACUGAGGAUGGUGGUACCUGGAAGCGAGAUCCAUUCCAAGAGAGUGGCCUCCACCUGAGCCCCACAGCAGCUGAGGCCAAGGAGAAGGCUCGGGCCACACGGGUCAACAAACGGGCACCCCAGAUGGACUGGAACCGGAAGCGUGAGAUCUUCAGCAACUUCUGAGCCCCUCCCUGCCUGUUUGGGCCCAUGUGGGACCUCCGGCCUGUCUAGAGCUCCCCACGCCUCAGUGGACUGGAGGUGGUCUCAUCUCCAUCCAGAAAGCAACCUGUGCCCCAGUGAGCCUCUGUCUUAUCUCCAACCUGCUGUAUGCUGGGGACUGUCCCAGCAAGACGGGGAGAGAGAGACAGAAAGAGACAAAUGAGAGACAGUGGUGGAGAGAAGGGAGCCAGAGUGUGACAAUCGCCAAGGGCAUUUGCUGCUCUGCCCCAGGCCUGCUGACUGAAAGGAAUUUGUUUUUGCUUUUUCCCCAAAAAGAUCUCCUGCACCACACAUUUCCACUUAAUACCAGAGGCUCCUCCCCCAUUUGCUCUCUAAAUAACUGCAAUAAAACAAACCUUUCUCUGCAAAUCAUUCCUCCCCAACCCCUCAGCAGCACCAUCCUGAGUGGAAGCCCAGGGACUUCCAGAGGACAGAGAGCCAGGGGCCCUCUGGCCAUGCUCACGUGAGCUUUUUCGGGGAAAGGCUGAGGAGGCCAGCCAGAUGUGCCUGUAGGAGCUGCCCUCCCUUGUGUGGUGGGUUAUUAGGCCAGGCCCCAGCUCUCUGCCCUAUUAGGGGCUUAUAGUGCAGUGCCUGGGCUCUAUGAGGAGCCUGAGGAUGGAGGCCCAUGCUCCCAGGAGGGCAGUCUCUGGACAGGCUCCCCUUCCCAUACCCCAGCUCCCAGGCCUGGGGAGCGUGGGUUUAAGAACUACCCCCACAAAGGACCCCGGACCUAUAGGUAUAGUCUCUGCCUUACACCUGCCCGGUACCCACCCAUAUGGACAUCCUGUUGACUCUGCCCUUUCUUCAGUGCCCUGAACCCCUAUACUGACCAGCACUGCUGUCUGCCUUGUAAGCCAUAGCGCAUGCGCGCCCUAAGAAUAAACAGGCCUUGCCUUGGAA